AAACACAAAAGUUAAUGAAAAAAAUAAAAAAUAACAAGUACAGUACACGUGAUAUUUGACUUGAUUUUGAGUUUUUGCACGUCAAGUUUUUAGUUUUUUACCUUCCGCAACUCUCUGCUUAUUGUGGUUAGGUAGUGAUUUUUGAUUUAAAAAUUGAUACAAAAUUUGUUGUUUGUUUUUCUAAUAAAUAAUUAUUUUCCAUAAUCUUCAUUAUCUGUUUUCCAAUGAGUAAUCUCUAAUCUUAUCUAUACCGAACAUUGUUAAUAUUGUUAUCGUGCAAUUAUUAGAGUUCCAUCAAAAGUUGUUGGGUAAAGUAAAAAGUUAUUUUGAUGAGUUCACACUGUUCACAGUGGUAAUACUGGUAAUAAGUGUUUACAAAGCGGUUUGUGUAUUAGGUUUCAGAUAAUUGUAUUGGAUUUUAUAGUUCCAGUGAUGGAUGACGAGAAUCAUGACAGAGAGGCACGGCAUUGCCAAGUUUGCCAAUCCAACCAUGUUGAUGAUGAUCCUGUCCAUAAUAAUACAAUAUUGCACAGAUUCAAUUUCCUACUUUACCAAUGGUACAAAUAUAGAAAAGCUUUGGUGAAAAAUCGUCAUGGGGUGAAUGUGGUUGUUAGUUUAAAUAGAAGAAAUGGAUAUGUCUACAAUUUUAUUGAAGAUCAUAAGAGGGGCAAAUCUUCUCUAAAGAUCACUCCACAAAUCUUGAUAUCCCAUCAAAAUACCAUUGAAUUUCCAUGUAAGGUGGUGAACACCAGGAGGGAUUCAAUUAUGCUAACUUCUUGUAAAAUUCUGCACUGUUACCCACUAUUUUCUUUGCAUGACCCUAAGAAUAACUUAGAAAAUGGAAAGGUGUUUGAACUAAAACCAGGUGCUGAAUAUACUGUCAUAGUCAGAUUCUCAAGUCAAGAUGAGGUUUUGAUUGGUGGCUACAAAAUACCUGUAUCUUUUAACUUUCAAACGAAAGGGAAAUCAGUGGAUACAUUCUCCAUAGCUCGAGCAAUAAAUAUUUCGGUGGAAGAAGAAAUCGCUGAGGAGGAAGGACAAGAGAAAAGUCCUUUUAAGGGGAAUGAGUGGCAGCCUACAGUUAAAAUUUAUAAACCAACUAAAAAUCAGAAGUUCCAAAACAGUCACAUCAUCCCAAGUGUUUACUUCAGAUGCAUAAAAUUUGGUUUACAAGAAUGGCAUAGUAUGUCCACGGAAGAUCACCAAAUUCUGAUGGAAUUGAGGCGCAAAGUGGAACCGGGCAAUGUCACAAAAGAAAACUACAGGGAAUUUUGGCAGGCAGUGCUUUGGCUGGAAGAAAUGGGCCAAACGCUGGGCUUGCAAAAAUACAACAUGGAAAACGUGACCUUGAGUUUACGUGGAGGAGGCGUUUUGGAAUUGGUGGUGCCAGGUCUGGCGGAAAAGAGACCUUCUGUUAUCGUGGGAGACAUGAUCGAUGUUAGGGUACACGAAGACCAUAUCGGGUACAGGGGUAUCAUCAAAAGGGUCAACGAUACGACAGUGGAGAUCGGCGAUAUAGAUGAAGAAUUGAUUGAAAUGAUCGAGAGUAAUCCGGGGGUAGAAAUAGAUGUGAGAUUCGUUUUGAGCCGUCUGGGUUUCGAAAGGAUGCACCAGGGUGAAGAACAAGUGACUAUCAAUGGAAUGGUGCCAACUCUGUUUCCGGAUAUCACCUUGAGGCAGAAAGUGGUUCGUGAAGUGCGAUCCAUCAAUAAUGGAGAUUUCUACAAUGAGAUGAUAGUAACGAAUCCGGAACAAAAAAUGGCCGUCCACAAAAUCCUGAACGGCACCUCUAGCACCGCCCCGUAUAUCGUUUUCGGCCCGCCCGGUACCGGCAAAACCAUCACCAUCGUCGAGGCCAUACUGCAGAUCAAGACGAAAACUAAGAACAAAAUUCUCGUUUGCGCCCCGGCAAACGCUGCUUGUGACAUGCUUACCGAAAAAUUGAUGCCGCAUUGCAAAAAAGACGAACUGAUCAGGAUCAUGUCGGAAAAUGUGGAUCGGUCAACGAUCCACGAUAACAUCCUGGAAUAUUCGAACCACGAAAAAGACAACACCGUAAGAAAGAUAACGCCUGACGAACUGAUGCAUUACCGAAUCGUGGUGACCACUCUCAUACUGAUAGGCCGUUACAGCAGGAAAUAUCACCCGGACGUUCUUUUCGUCGACGAGGCUGCUCAAGCUUGUGAACCUGAGGUGGCUUGUGCGAUAGGGAUGCUGGAGAAGGGGAGCCAGGUCGUUUUGGCGGGAGAUCCUAGACAACUUGGUCCUUCUUUGUCGUCCAAUGUCGCUAAAAGAUAUAAUUUGGGCAUCUCUCUCUUGGAGAGGUUGAUGGACUUGGACCUGUACAAAACCCAAGACCCGAACUAUAUCACGAUGCUGAGGCAAAAUUUCAGAUCUAACAGCACGAUUCUGCAGCUCCCGAACAAACUUUUUUACGCGGGACAGCUGCAAGCUCUUUCAGCCAAAGCGGAAAACGACCCGUUGGCUAAGGUGUGCGUCUACGAAAAAAUUCAAGGAAAAUUAAACAAGAAAAAGAAUAAGAAGCGACCAGGGGAAGCCAUCGAGUUUUGUAACGUGCUCUCAAAAGAGUCCAGACAAGGGCGGUCACCUAGCUAUUACAAUCAGAAGGAAAUGUUGUGGGUAUUGAAGUACAUCCAGACUCUCACUACCCUUCAAUUCCAAGAUGAAGAUGACAAAGUCCUUCCCGAACAAAUAGGAGUAGUUACGCCUUACAUCAGACAGGUGUGCAAAGUCAGAGACAUCCUGCGGCAAAACAACUUCGAGGGAGUGGAAGUCGGCACCACCGAAACGUUUCAAGGUCGCGAGAAGCGCGUCAUUCUGAUCACCACCGUGAGGGCGCAGAAAGAUUUGCUGUUGUACGACAGAAAGUACAAUCUCGGAUUCGUGCGUAACGAAAAGAGGUUCAACGUGGCCAUCACCAGGGCCAUGAGCAAGCUUAUAGUGAUUGGCUGCGCCCAUGUGCUCGGCACCGACGACAAUUGGUCCGGCUACAUGGAGCUGUGCGCGAGUCUGGGCACGUUUUACGGCGCGCCCUACGCUAGGCGCACCGAUGACGUCAUCGAUGACAUCACCAACCGGUUCAGUAACAUCAAAAUGCGCGAUUCUCAGCUGAAUCAUUGACGGUGAAAUGUGUUAGCGAAAGACAUUUAAACACAGAGAGAGACAGAAUGUUUCAUUAAUAAAACGCUCUUGAAGCCGAUCUGUUAUUGCUCAGAUGUAUGCGAGAGAGACACUGCACGACUGGCAACAAUGCAUGUUUCAUGAUAUCAACAUACUAUGACAUAACCUUACCUACUUACCGGUGGAAAGUCAAAUUUGUACUCAAAUGAUAUUGUUCACAAAAGUCACAAAAAAGUGAGAAGGCCAAAAUUACACUAUUCAAUCAAGUAGAAACACUAACAAGCCAGUGGCGAUUUGGCAACAUCGCAAUAUAAGUCAUUUAUCAAGAGUAGUGGGGUGGUAGGGGGAUUACAACAAAACUAUGGUAUGGGGUUAUUCA